CUCUUUGUUGUUGGUUCUGUUGUUGUUGUUGUUUUUGUGCAAAACGGUGUCACCAUGACGGCGGCACCGGAAGACAUGCUCGCCUCCACCGCCGCAACCAAGUCCAAGUCUGGGGACGAAGACGGCAACAACGACGACGACGAGCACACCAUGGACACCGACAAGCUCAGCUACGAGAUCUUCUCCAUCCUCGAGAGCAAGUUCCUCUUCGGCUACGACGACCCCAAGCUCCCUCUUCAUCCCCCUCCCGACCCUUCCCAUUUCAAGAACCACCGUGGCAAGGUCUGCAUCCUCUCCAUCGACGGCGCCGGCAUGCGUGGCAUCCUCCCCGGCAAAGCCCUCUCACAUCUCGAACGUUCCCUUCAAUCCAUCUCCGGCCAGCAAAACGCCCGCAUCUCUGACUUUUUCGAUGUCGUUGCCGGCACCGGCGUUGGUGGCCUCUUCGCUUCCAUGCUCUUCUCCUCCUCCCCUUUCUCCGCCGAUGAGACCUGGCGCUUCCUUGCCGAAAAGGCUCGCCGUUUCCUAAAGAAGCCCUCUUCCGGUUUCCUAGCUCGUGCUUUUCGUGGCGGCGGCAGCGGCACUGCUGCCGCCACGGCGGCGAUGGAGAAAGCAAUGAAGGAGACGUUUGGGGAGAAGAUGACCUUGCGAGACACCGUGAAGCCGGUUUUGAUCCCGUGCUACGAUUUGAGAAGCUCGUCCCCGCUCGUCUUCUCCCGCGCCGACGCGUUGGAGAGCGAGAGCUAUGAUUUCAGACUCUGGGAAGUCUGCCGCGCCACCUGGGCAGAGCCUGGCCGGUUCGAGCCGGCCGACAUCCGUUCCGUUGACGGCUCCCGCUCCUGCCUCGGGAUUGACGGCGGUCUCGCCAUGACCAACCCGGCCGCCGCCGCCAUCACCCACGUCCUCCACAACAAGCAAGAGUUCCCCUUUGUUCGCGGCGUCGAGGACCUCAUGGUCCUCUCCCUCGGCUGCGGCGCCGGAGCCGCCGUGCCCGAUGCUUCCUUGCUCCGGCGUUGGACGGCGAAGGAAUGGGCUCGUCCCAUGGCUCGCAUCGCUUCCGAUGGCGCCGCCGACCUUGUCGACCACGCCGUCGCUCUCGCCUUCGCCCAUGCUCGUUCUUCCAACUACGUCCGAAUUCAGGCUAAUUGUUCCAGCAUGGGGGCUUGUUCUGGAGUAGAUGCAGACUCUGACCCAAGUCCCAGCAAUGUGAAAGUGCUUGUGGAUGCAGCUGAGGCAAUGUUGAAGCAGAAGAAUGUGGAGUCAGUGUUGUUCUCUGGGAAAAGAAUUAGUGAAAGAACUAAUUUGGAGAAGUUGGAUUGGUUUGCAGGGGAGCUUGUGCUUGAGCACCAGAGGAGGAGCUGCAGGAUAGCUCCCACGGUUGCUUUCAAGCAAGCAGUAACCAAUCCCAGUUAGCAAAGUAAGCGCAUGCAUGCAAGUCCUCACUUAUAUAUAUAUAUAUAUAUAUAUAUUUUGGUUCAUAUGCUUCAUGCUGCUGUUUUUAAUAUAGCAGUGCAUAUAUGUUUUCUCUUCAGUCUCAAAAAGAUUAAAAAAAAAAAAAAGAUUAUAUCUUCUGUCAGUUCUUUCAAUGUAUUUUGUGGCCUGCUCUGAGAUAUUGGUAGAUUGUUGAUGGCAGUGGCUUCAAUGAAGGUAAUUCCUUUGUAGCAUGUCACAAUCUUCUUACUGUAUUGAUUGCUCCACAAUUGUCUAAAUAGUAUUUUAAAAGGAAGUUAUAUACCCCCCUUUGUUUCAGCAUGUUACUCUGUUCAUAUUUGUAAAAAGUAAAAACCAGCUGUUGCUUGCUUUCA